UGCAAUGAAGAUGCUGUAUCGGUGCGAUUCGGAUCCAAAUGCACCGAAUGACAAGCACUUCACUCCUCUUAUGGUCGCUAGCAAAUACGGACGUACCGACCUUGUACGGACUCUAUUCCAAGACGCAAGGGUAGAUUUAUCAGCCAAAGAUAUCCGAGGACUUACUGCCGUAGAACUCGCUAAAGACGACGAAGUUCGGAAUCGGAUCGACGACCUAGUCUUACUCUCCAAUGAACCAAGUCCUGACGGGCGUAUGACAACUGUAGUUCGAUCCUUCUUUGUCGAAGAUGGAUCGAUACGACUUGUCGUGAAAUCUGGGGCUCCCAAUGGAAACUCGACGGUCACCGUCACUACAUGCCGUCGCUCGCUCCAAGACUUCGAGAAUCUCGCCAAAUGGCUUGCCCAAGAACACCCAGCGUCGUGGUUGCCUGUGAUCAGCAAUCUUGCAUCGCCCUUCCUGAUACCUUCACGACCAUCUCGCUCAAUAUUACGUGACAUUCAACUUCGCCUCGACGCUUUCCUGAAGAUUUUACUCAAGCACCCCACGUUUUCGACGCAUGAGAUGGUAUGGGAGUUUUUCCUUGUGCCAGACAUUGAUCCAAGCAUGCUAGCUGAACGCUCAGCCCGAAAAUCCGAACUCCGCGCAGAGCGUGUCAGAGAAGAGUACGCUCCAAUAUAUGAUGUUCGCGAAGUGGAAAUUUUUGUUCAACAUGCUCGCGAGUCAGUACGCUCUCUCCACCACGCCUCCAAGUCCGUCCUGCGACGCGCAAACAGGCUGAGGUCUGCGAAUUCGGAUCUGAUAGAUGCGGCGCGGCUGUCCAGUACAGCACUUCAAUCGUUAAACUUUCUUCCAGGGACACAUCUCCAAGCCGUGGAACGCUAUACGAAAACGCUGACCCAGAGCGAAGCAAACCCCCUGGCUGGUUUUUACUACAGCAUCCAUGCUAUUUCGAGCACCACGACCGCUAUCCUUACUGCGCUCAACCGCCCAUCAACGCUCAUCACCUCUAUGGCAACGACUCAAAAGUCUAUCGACCGCCAUCAUCUCUCUAUUCGUCGCUCUGAUCGCUGGCCUCUCGGACUACUCGAUGAUGCCAGGUCGCGGAUGCAGCGUGAUGCGCAGGAUAAGAUGGAACGUGCCACAGAUGAGCUUUCCGGCUUCGGCAAAGAGUUGAGAUACACCCAACAAGUGGUUGCUAGUGAAUUGGCAAGUUGGCAGGGUAAUCGAAUCGACAUGGGAAGAAAAACAUUGAAAGAGUUUGCGAGACGUAUGGUGAUCAGUGAACGAGCAAGAUUAGAGAGCAUGAAGAGGGCAGUCAGAGAACUGGGACUUUCAGGGCAACGACUGUCUAAUGAUGGGGAUGAUGGUGACGUAAUGUCCCCUGAUGUGACAUUCUCCGAAGAGCUGGUCCGAAGAGGGAGCAUUGAGGACGUCACGGAUGAGGCUGACGGGGCUUUGGUGGUCGAACACAAUGGCGACAGCAAUACUCACGACGACUCUGAGACUACAAAUGGGUAUAACGAAGAAGACCAAUCAUCAUCUCCGCUGCAUCUCGAUCAAGAAGACGAAGAAGAGCGAGUGACAAUGCCCGAAGCCCUGUCUCAACGUGCUGAUGAAGCCCAACCAAUUCUCGCGAGUAAUGACCACGACUAG